AUGAGCAAACCUACCUUCGUCUUCUGUCGUGACGCUUGGGUCAUCCCGGCCUUCUUCAGUGCUACUCGUUCUCGCCUGGAAGCCCUCGGGGUCCCCUCUGCUUGCCCCGCGCACCCGUCGAUUGACACUCGAGGACGAUGUCUCUUCGAAGAAGGACGUGACGUUAUCAUCGUUGCCCUCUCCUACGGGGGCAUCGUUGCUUCCUCAGCCGUCGAGGGGCUCACAAAGUCUGCUCGUGAGAAUGAAGGCAAGUCCGGUAACGUGAUAAAAGUGAUAUUCCUCUCCGCAUUCGCGCUGGACAAAGGCCAGAGUAUAUUGGGUAUUCUGGGUGGACACUAUCUGCCAUGGAUGAAAGUCGAACAUGAUUACGUCCUUGCCGAUGGGGCAGGCGAUAUUGGCUGUCAGGACAUACCUAUGGAGAGCCAAGAGAAGUGGAAUUCUCUAACACUGCACACCUCUCAGGCGGUAUUCUCUGGAGAAUCAACAUACGAACCAUGGAAAGAAAUCCCAUAUGCAUAUAUUGUUUGCGAGGAGGAUCGAGCUCUACCCCCUCCAAUGCAGGAGCUAUUCGCCUCUAAGAUGGGAGGCCCUGAAAACACGUACCGUCUUCCAAGCUCUCAUUCGCCAUUUUUGAGCAUGCCGGACCAGCUUGCAAAGACAUUACAGAAUAUUGUUAUGUAA